AUGGUUUUUGAUGAUAAUUGGAGCAGCGGUUGGUAUNUCUAUCGUCGUGAAUUAGGCUUUGGUAUUCUUCUCGUUAUUAUUGGAUCAUUUGGUAUUCUAAUAAGUAUUCAUGGGCUUAUUGCUUUCUUUACAUUACGAUUAAUAUUAUUAAGAAUAUUUGAAUGUUGCUUAUGGUUUUUGAUGAUAAUUGGAGCAGCGGUUGGUAUUAUUGGUAUUAUUUUUGCAUUUCAAGUCGAUGGUUUCAUAAGUCAAUCAAAUAAUCCAAAUGUGAAUCAAAUUAUUUAUGUUGAAGAGACGCUCAUGAUAGGAACGAAUGGUGGAUUGGCUUUAUUUAUGAGUUCGACCUUGAUCGUUGGAAUAGUCAUGGUUCGGUGUUUGACAGAUUACGUAAAUCUAUAUUCAAGUAAUCAAUUGUAUGUUUGA